AAGAUGGAGUCAACAGUCUCGCUGUCUGCUCUCGUGCUCUGUCUGGUUGUGGGAGGCUGUACGAGCGCAAGUCAGCCAAAUAUCAUUUUCAUUGUUGCUGACGACUUGGGAUGGAACGACGUGGGCUUUCACAAUCCCACCAUGAUCACCCCCAACAUCGACGCCUUGGCAGACAGUGGCGUCAUCUUCAACCACUCUUAUGUACUGCCCGUGUGUAGCCCCUCAAGAACCGCUUUCAUGACAGGAAUUUACCCAUUUAAGGCCGGAACACAGCAUUUUGUGAUUUGGAAAGCUCAGCCAGUGUGUCCCCUCAACUUCACCUUCCUGCCUCAGUAUCUGAAGGCGCUGGGCUAUUCCACUCACGCUAUAGGGAAGUGGCAUCUCGGAUUCUGCAACUGGAACUGCACGCCGACGUUCCGGGGGUUCGACACCUACUUCGGCUACUACCAGGCGUUUGAGGACUACUACACACACGAAAUGGAUGGAUAUUUGGACUACCGAGAUAAUACUGAUGUGGUGCGGAACGCAACAGGGGAGUAUUCCGCCUUCCGGUUUGCCAGGGAGGCUGUAGAUAUCAUCAACAACCAUGACAAGUCCAAGCCAUUCUUCUUGUACCUGCCCUUCCAGUCCGUCCACGCUCCGAUAGAGGUGCCACAGCAAUAUGAAGAUAUGUAUCCAAAUGUUGUAAACAUCGGUCGUCGGAAGUUUUGUGGAAUGGUGACAGCCCUUGACGACGCAGUCGGUAACAUCACACGGGCUUUGCAGGAACAGGGAGUGUUUGAUAACACACUGAUAUUUUUCACUGCUGAUAAUGGCGCCGAGCUGGUUCAGUACGGCAACAACUGGCCUCUACGUGGCGGUAAACUGACGUUGUGGGAGGGAGGCACGAGGGCGGCGGCGUUUGCCCAUGGGGCGGGGAUAACACGCACCGGCUACACGUAUGAUGGGAUGUUCCACGCGGUUGACUACGUUCCGACUAUUCUGUCUGCAGCAGGGGGGAAGCCAGAUGCGUCUAUAGAUGGAGUAAGUCAGUGGGACUCUAUACGUAUGGGGCUUCCUUCAAAGAGGACUGAGUUCAUCUACAACCUGGACGACUACUUCUACCCCGUCACAGGACAUGCUGCCAUCAGGGUGGGAGACAUGAAGCUGGUGGACGGAUACCCCGGGUUAUAUGACAACUGGUACCUCCCUAUGAAUGACACAGAAGACACGCCUCUAGAAGACUUCAUAUAUGAUGCUAGGCACGAGAUGGUGUGGCUCUUUAACCUGACAGCUGAUCCCUCGAGAAACAGAACCUGGCCAGCCAAAUGCCGGAUGUUGUGGAAACUUUACGUGCCCGGAUGAUGGAGCAUAAGAAGCAAAUGGUACCCGCCAACUUUCCCCAGGAAGAUCCAAACGGGGAUCCCAGUCAUUUUGGGGGAGUGUGGACCCCCGGCUGGUGCUGAAGAUUAAGGCUUCAAGCUAUGUACUUCUGUGUGUGUAUAAUUCGUGCACGUGUGGUGCACAUAUCUAGAUUAUGUACGUCAAAGGAAAAUGAGUUUUAUAUUGAGACGUCUGAUUAAAUGUUCGAUAAAAAUGCGUGAUGAUUGAUGAUUGACAUGUUCAUUCCUCAAGAGAUUGUAAAGUACCUG